AUGACUGAGAACGUAUUCUGGACAGAGAAGCCUGUUGUUGCCGCUGUUGGGGCGGCUGGGUUGUUCUGGGUUUCUUACCUUAUUGCUGCCAUUGGGACAUACUACGAGUUCUAUCACGAUGUAAUCAAGGAUGGCACAUACCUGUGGAGGAUCGAAGAGAUGCAUCGCAAAUACGGACCAGUUGUCCGAAUCAAUGCCGAUGAGCUACAUAUCCAUGAUCCAGACUUCUACUCAAAGGUCUACGCAGGGUCCAAGCGAGUCAACAAGUAUGGCCCCGCGGUCGCCACCUUCACAGUACCCAGGGCAAGCUUGGCCACGAUCGACCACAAUGUUCACCGCCUGCGACGCAGUAUCCUCAACCCAUACUUCUCCAAGCGUGCCGUAACAAUGCUCGAGCCCCUCAUCAAUGAUAAGGUUGAUCGGCUUUGCCGUCGUCUUGAGGAGUGGAUCGGUCAGAGGACAGCAGUAGACCUAGACGCAGCCAUGGCAGCCUUGACGGCUGAUAUUGUGAGCAUCUACUUUUAUGGCAAAGACUUUGACUACCUCGGUGGAAAGAACUUCAAGUUUGUUGUCAGAGAUGCAAUUCUUGGCCUCGUCGGAUUUUACCAUUUCUCUCGCUUUGUUCCCGCGGUGGCCAACUUCAUCAACAGCCUGCCAAUCCCCAUUGUCCGCAUGAUUCAACCCGGAGCUGCGGCUCUCCUUGAGUCGCAACAAGAAACCAAGGCCGAGAUCCAACAGUCACUCAAUGAAAAAGACAAUGUCAAGUCAAACGUGGCAAUGUUCCACUUGCUACGUGACAAGUCUCUUUUGCAGAAGCUUCGGGAUGAGUUGAGCACUGUGGAUAAGGGGCCGGGUGGUCAGUGGGCGUACAACCAGCUCGAGACUCUGCCGUACCUUACUCCAGUUAGCGAGUCUACCCUUCUCGUUCACCUUGAUCCCUCAAUCUUCCCGAGCCCCAAUACAUUUGACCCUGACCGCUGGGUGAGAGCUGCUAGAGAGGGUGUACACCUCAGCAAAUACCUAUGCAGCUUCACCAAGGGGACGAGGCAGUGUCUUGGCAUCAACCUAGCCUACGCCGAGCUGUACAUAGCCGUCGCAAAAACCGCGACGUCAUUCGAAAUGGAGCUCUACAACACGAGCCUCGAAGACGUUCAAGUCCAUCAUAUUCGUCUAACAGGGUACCCGAAGACAGGCACGGGUGAGAUCAAGGCAACUGUUACGUCAAAGGCCUAA